AUGCAGAACAUCAUCCUGGAAGAACCCUACGAGUUUGUCCCGCCGAUCGAGUCGAAGUUCUGGACAUGGGUGCUCCGCUUCUGGCUCCGGCGGUACCUGCGGAAGGUGUUCUCGGUCACGAGCUUCGAGGUCUGCGGCGCCGAGAAGCUGCGGGCGUCGAUCGACGAGGGCAAGGGCGUGAUCGUCGCUCCCAACCACAGCCGGUUGUCCGACCCGAUGGUGCUGGGCAUGUUGUCCAAGGAGGCCCGCACGCAGCUGUUCGCGAUGGCCAGCUGGCACCUGUUCAAGCAGAACAAGUUCGAACGGUUCCUGAUCCGCCGGAUGGGCGCCUUCAGCGUGUACCGCGAGGGCAACGACCGCACGGCCGUCAACUUCGCGAUCGACAUCCUGGUGCAGGGCCGCCGCCCGCUGGUGAUGUUCCCCGAGGGCGCCGUGAGCCGCCACUGCGACCUGGUGAUGGACCUGAUGGACGGCCCCGCCUUUAUCGCCCGACAAGCCGCCAAGAAGCGAGAGAAGCAGGGCAAGCCGCCCGUGGUGAUCCACCCGGUGGCGAUCCGCUACUACUUUGACGGCGACGUCGAGGCAACUAUUGGCCCCGACCUGGACGCCCUGGAGCACCGCUUCAGCUGGCAGCCGCAGACGCACCUCACGCUCACCCAGCGGCUCGGCAAGCUGGGCCGUGCGAUCCUCUGCGCAAAAGAGAUCGAGUACCUCGGCUUCGCCCGCGAGGGAGACCCGCACGAGCGGGCCGACAAACUCAUGCAAGAGGUGCUCGACCGGCUGGAAGAAAAGUGGGGCACCGCGGGCAAGGAGAAGGGCGUGGUAGGGCGGGUCAAGGCGCUCCGCACGGUGAUCCUGCCCGACAUGAUCGCGGGGAAAGUCUCGCCCGAAGAACGCGAGGCCCGCUGGCGGGAUCUCGCCGAGUGCUACUACCUGCAGCAGCUUGCGCACUACCCCCAAGGCUACAUCGGCGGCGGCGCCGACCUGCCCGAGCGGCUGCUCGAGACCACCGAGCGGAUGGAAGAGGACUUCACCGACGAGUCCAAGUACCACGGGCCGCUGCACUGCGUCAUCAAGGUCGGAGACGCGAUCACCGUCGACCCAGUCCGCGACCGCUCCGCCGCGCAGGACCCGGCCAUGACCAAGACCCACGAGUCGCUGCAGGGCAUGCUGGACGCGAUGGUGGAGCAACGCCGGGCUGCGUUGGCGCAGCAGACGGAGCUAUUCGACAAGACCGGCGAGUCGUCGCCCAUCACCGCCCUGGGCGAACUAACCAACGGCCAGGAGGCCGACUUCUUCGCACUGUUGGCGGACCGGACGCAGCUCACCACCAAGGACGGCAAGCCCUACUGGCGGGUCACCUUCCGCGACGCCCGCCGCGACGUCAGCUUCCCCGUCUGGAGCGACGCCCCGCUGUUCGCCAAGUGCGACAAGGAGUGGGAGGUCGGGGGCUUCUACAAGCUCCGCGCCCUUUACCACGAGACCUCCUACGGCCCGCAGCUCGACAUCCGGUUGAUCCGCCCCGUCGAAGAGACCGACAAGGCCGACGGGUUCGACCCGACCAUGUGCCAGCCGCGGUCACGGUUCGACUUCGAGGAGAUGUUCGCCGACCUCCGCACGAUGGCCGAGGAGAAGAUCGCCCCGGGGCCGCUGCAGACGCUCACCCUAGGGCUGCUGGACGAGCACCGCGACGAGCUGCUGGUCUGGCCGGCCGCCAGCCGCAACCACCACGCGUUUGCCGGCGGGUACCUGGAGCACGUGCGAAACGUGGCGACCAACGCGGUGAUGCUGGCCGAACGGUACGCCGAGAUCUACCCGGAUAUGGACCCGCCGCUGGACGUCGGCAUGGUGGCGGCCGGCGCCAUCCUGCACGACAUCGGCAAACUGCGCGAGCUACGCAACUCGGCGGUAGGGGCCGAGUACACCGCGUCCGGUUCGCUUGUGGGCCACAUCCUGCAGGGCCGCGACAUGAUCCGCGAAGCGGCCGCUGCGAUGGAGCGUGACGGCCUAGACCCGCUCGACGCCGAAAGCCUGCUCCGCCUGGAGCACAUCAUCAUCAGCCACCAACGCCUGCCGGAGUGGGGCAGCCCCAAACCCCCCAUGACGCUCGAGGCGCUAAUCGUCCACUACGCCGACGACACCGACGCCAAGUUCCAGAUGAUGAUGACCAUCCUCGCCGAAACGAACGCCGACGCGGCGCUCAGCUCGCGCAGGAAUGUGCUGGGGCAGCAGGUGUACCGGGGUGGGGAGUGA